AUGUGCCCCAUGAAGCUGCCCGCAGUCUUGCUCGCGCUGUCCUUGGUGCUGCGCUGCGUCACAGCUGCCCCCGGCAACAGGUACUCCAGUGUCUCCAGAGAACAGACAGAUGUGAGACCCGACAGCUGGGCGCAGUCCGGGCUCUCCACGAUGCCCCUCCGGGGUGGAUUCGAGGCGCUGCCCCAGAGAGGUCCGGCCGGAGGGAACAGACAUCACGUGGAGAAGCGGAGGUGCAACACGGCCACGUGUGUCACCCAGCGCCUGGCAGAUUUCCUCAUCCGAUCCAGCAACACCAUCGGCACCGUGUACGCGCCCACCAACGUGGGCUCGAGCGCCUACGGCAAGAAGAGAGACCUCCUGCAGCGGCUCUAGCGCGCGGCGGCGCGCGCGGCACUGGGCGCAGGGGCUCCGCCCCCGCAAAGCGCGCUCAUCGUAAGGAGAGUGAUGACAAGACGUGGGUCCUAGUUUAUGUUCGUUUCCUCUUGUUUUCUGAAACACUUCACGGCGGGUGAGACUACCAGUUCCUAUGGCACUCAGCUAUAAAUUAUAAUGUACAAUUUUCACUCUUCGUCUUCUAUACACCCCAGAUUCUAAGUGAUUCAGCAUCACUUCACAACGGCAUGUGUGUAAAACUGUACUGUAUGAAGGAUAACUUGAUAUCUGUAUAACUGUAUUCUACAAAGAACAAGUAAACGGCAGCAAUGAUAUUUAAGAGACGUUCUUGUUUUUUUUCUAAUAAAA